GGUCUCCCGGGACACGUCACUUAUUCAGCUUUGCAGGUCUUUCCGCGCGCUCUGUAUUGUGAAAUUCAACCUAAAAAUCAUGUCCAACUCCGUCUUAUCGGUCAUUUCUCGGUUUCUGGAGGAGUACACGACCACGACGCCCAACAAGCUGAAGGUGGUGGACGCGUACCUUCUGUAUAUCCUGUUAACCGGAGCGCUGCAGUUCCUGUACUGUCUGCUCGUCGGCACCUUCCCAUUCAACAGCUUUCUGUCGGGCUUCAUCUCGUGCGUGGGCUCUUUCAUUUUAGGAGUAUGUCUUCGAAUCCAGAUCAACCCUCAGAACAAAGGCGACUUCCUGUCCAUCUCCCCAGAACGAGCCUUCGCUGACUUCCUGUUCGCUCACACCGUCCUGCACCUCGUUGUGAUGAACUUCAUCGGCUAAAACCGAGAAAUGAUGAAUAUUUGCCUCUUCAGUUUCCCCCCUAAGAUGACAACAAAAGGAAGGUUGUUUUGUUUCUUCUUCUUUCAAAAUACUCGACGUUUCGACAACUCACCGACAACAAGAGAGAUUAAACCUUUUUCCUUUUUGUUCAGAUAUCCAAACCGGUCUGUCUUUGUAUGAAUCCAGAAAUAAAAAGGACCAAUGAGAUUUUUUUGUAUUGGAAAAAAAAAAAAAAAAAAAAAAAAAAAAAAAAAAAAAAAAAAAAAAA